AUGAAUCAUGAUAGUAACAUUUGUCCAGCGCUUAACCCGGACCAGCUGGGCCACAGGGCAGUGGCACCUAGCUCACAGGGACAAGUGCAGUGCCCUGGCACUGAGCUCCCCCACAGCCUCUGGCAUCUUCUGCAUCUGUCCCCUCAGGUGAUUGAGAACUGUGUCGCUGCUGCUGGAUUCAGUGUAGGAGAAUUCGCAGCCCUCGUCUUUGCUGGAGCCAUGGAGUUUUCUGAAGGGCUGUAUGCCGUGAAGGUCCGUGCCGAGGCCAUGCAGGCAGCAUCAGAAGCUGUCCCCAGCGGGAUGUUGUCUGUGCUCGGCCAGCCUCUGUCCAAGUUUGCCUCCGCCUGUCUGGACGCCCAGGAGCACUGUAGGUCCCUGGGCAUUGAGGAUCCAGUGUGUGAGGUCUCCAGCUACCUCUUCCCGCACUGCAGGGUCAUCUCGGGACACCUGGAGGCCCUGCAGUUCCUACGGCAGAACGCCCCCAAGUAUCACUUUCGGCGCACCAAGAUGCUGCCCGUAAGUGGCGGUUUCCACACCCGCCUCAUGCAGCCAGCUGUGGAGCCCCUGGCACAGGCUCUGAAGGCCAUCGACCUGAAGCAGCCACUGAUCUCCGUGCAUGCCAACGUGGAUGGGAAGAGGUACAUGCACCCCCAGCACAUCCAGAAGCUGCUGGGGCGGCAGCUGGUGUCCCCGGUGAAGUGGGAACAGACCAUGCAUGCCCUGUAUGAGCGCAGGAGGGGCGCUGCCUUCCCCAGGACGUGGGAGGUCGGCCCCGGGCAGCAGCUGGGCAGCAUCCUUCGCAGCUGUAACCUGCAGGCCUGGAAGUCUUACGACCAUGUGGACGUGCUGCAGGCCGUCGAGGACCCGGGCCCUGAGGAGUCUCUGCAGUGACCCCACGGGCCAGAGCAGGGGCCCAGUCUGCAGCUCCUGCGCAGGAUGGAAGGAUUUUCACCUGGUGCUUUGGAAAACUAAGUUUCUUCGGUGACCCAGCCCAUUCCCACCCAGAAACCUGUCAGGCGGCUGGGGGAAGAGGCCAGUGUGCUGGUUCCAUGGAGCUGGGUGCGCUGUGCAUGUGUGGGUACCAGUGCCAGCCCGGCCAGGGCCUCAGCUCCUCUGUCUUUACGAGGCUUCCAAGCCCCACCAGCCUUCUCAGGCAGCCUGUCCCCCCACGACAGCCAGGAGUGGGACUUCUGUUUCCUGCACACGUCCAGGAAGGACGUCACGUGCCUGCUGUGUGCACAGAAUCACAGUAGGGAGGUCCUGGAGCCUGGUGUAGUACGAGGAUGUGGCUGGGUCCAAGCUGGGGCCAGCCCAGCUUCCCCGGACAAAGUUCCUAUGCAGGUCCUCCACAGGGCUGCUGCCGAACACGCCGCCCUCGUGUCUCGUCUCA